AUAAGCUGGAUGCUGGCCAUGGCUCGGGAGCUGUGGCCGAGGCUGGCAUUAUCAGUGAGGACACCCGUUGGGAAAGCUCAGCGGUGCCACGGGGACGAUGUAUGGCAACAUCGAGCCCAGCCAGCCCAGGGAAGAGCAAAGAUGGGUGCUGGGGCCUGGCAGCAAGGAAGCCUGCAGCGACCCGUGCCUCAUGGAGGAGAACCCGUACGAGCCCCUCGACCCCCCCAUUGCCGUGCCAAGCCGCAAGCACCUUCCUGACCCCCCAGCACGCCCGUGCUGCUCCCAGGAGAGGCUGGUGCUGGUGGGUGCCGUGGCCCUGGGGGUCUCAGUGCUGCUCAAUGUGCUCCUCCUCGCCCUCGGCUCACGGCGCAUUGCAGCCCUGAUGGUGGCCCUGGAUGAAGCGGAGACGGCGAAGCAGCUGCCCAAUGUGGCCUCCGCGCCCUUCCUGCUGUACAACGAAGCGCACAACAAGUGCGUGGAAGCGCGCGGGCGGCAGCUGACCGCGGCGACAUGCCAGCCCGAGGCAGCGGCGCAGCGCUUCCAGUGGCUCCCCGGGGACCGGCUGCGGAGCCAGGCGGGGUCCCGCUCGUGUGUGACGGCGGCCAAGGGGCAAAACCUGUCCACGGUGUGGCUGCAGCCAUGCCGGGAGGACGGCAGGCUGCAGCGCUGGGAGUGCCGCGACGGCACGCUGCUGGCACUGGCCGGCCACGAUCUCUAUUUCAAUUACGGCAACAACCAGAAGCACACCGUGAUGCUCUUCAUCGGGGACCGCGAGUGGAGCCGCUGGGUCGCCCACGGGAGCAAGGACAACAUCUGCUCGCGCUCCAGUUGCCCCCCUUGCUCCAGAGGCUGGACCUAUUUUGAGGGCUCGUGCUAUUUCUGCUCCGCGACGACGAGCACCUGGGAGACAGCGCAGCGCUUCUGCUCAGCCCUGGGCACGCGGCUCCUGGAGGUGGACAGCCCUGAGGAGCGGACUUACAUCCAGACCAUUCUGCAAGACUCCUCCUGGCUGGGCAUCACGGAUAAAGAGGUUGAGGGCACCUGGAAGCGGGCAGACGGGACCAUCCUGCCCAGGGAACAAAGUUCGUGGCACAGGAACGAGCCCAAUGGUGGGCAGCAGGAGAAUUGCGCGGUGGUCCGCACAGACGGCACGUGGUUCGACUACCCCUGCACAAGUCAGCUCCCCUGGGUGUGCGAGGGGCAGCCCUGAGUGUCCGAGGGGCACCUCAAGGGUCCGUGUCCCCCCCCCCGCAA